AUGGUACAAGUUGCUGUGGUAAGUUGAGGGAACUUUUUUUUAAUGAUUGUUAUUUGAAGGGCAAAAACAUGAUGUGUUUUUAAGUACUGUAGUAAAAAUAAUGUUUGAAGAUAUUUUAAUCAUUUCCGCUACGGAACCUUUGAUAAUUGAGUUGAUAACUUUUUUGAAAGUUUGUUGCGGAAAUAAAAAAAGUAGGGCAAUUAGAUUUUUUUGUUAAGGCUUAGUUAGCCUUAACUAAAGAUUACCUUAACUAAAUGUUUUGUUACCUUUUUGUCAAAGCUUAGGUAACCUUAAGUAAGGUAAUAUUUUUGUUAAGGCGUAGGUAACAUUACAUCAAGGCUUCAAUUUUAAGUUAAGACUUUAAAAUUUUUAGCUCUCUAGAAGGCUUUAAAAUAAGGUUAAAGUUAGAGGUUACUUGAGAACUAGGUAUUCUGAACAUUCUAGCAAUUUUUUCCGAAUUUUUACUAAAAAUAUUCCACAAAACUUAGGACCACUAUCAAAAAAUUCUAGGCUGGCGGUGGAUCUGGAAGUGGUCAAGCACGCCCCGAACAAGAUCCAAAAACUGGAUGGUAUGUGUAUAUUCUCGCAUUUGCCGCUGUCAUCGGUGGUUUUUUAUUCGGUUAUGAUACUGGAAUUGUAUCCGCUGCGAUGUUAUAUGUUCCAAAAGCGAAUGGUAUAAAACCAGUCGAUUCAGUUUGGCAAGAAGUCAUUGUUUCAAUCACACCUGGAGUUGCUGCAAUUGGAUCGCUUAGCAGUGGACCUGGUUCAGAUUAUAUGGGAAGACGGAAGAUUAUUAUUAUGGCUAGUUUGAUUUUCACUGUUGGUGCAGUUGUUUGUGCGGCUGCUUGGAAUAAAAUAAUAUUGUUGAUUGGGAGAAUAUUACUUGGAAUUGCGAUUGGAUUUGCAUCAAUGAUUGUGCCAGUUUAUGUUGGAGAAGCUUCGCCUUCACAUAUUCGUGGUAAACUUGUGACUGGUUUCCAAUUAAUGAUCACAUUCGGAUUAGUUGUUUCAAAUAUUAUUGGUGGUAUUUUCAGUUACGUUCAUCCAGAAAAUGUUGGAUGGAGGUUAGUUUUAAAAAUAAUUUUUUGAAAAAUAAGGAUAAUAAUUAUGCAGAUUGAUGUUUGCGUUUGCUGGAGUCCCUGCUAUUAUUCAAUUUGUCUGUUUCAUAUUUUUGCCAGAAAGUCCAAGAUGGUUAUACGAACAUGGAAGAACUGUAGAAAGCAGAGAGGUAUUUUUUCUCUAAAAUAUAUUGUUACUCAAAACAAAAAAGAUUUUCAGGUUCUCAAUAAGAUUUAUAACUAUGACGCAGAAUGGGUUGAAUAUGAAUUGAAAGAAAUCGAAUUCUCAUUCGAAGAGGAGCUUCGCGCAAAACAGGAGAAUUCAGGAGAUGGCCCAACGAUUUUCCGAAUAUUGAAAACUCCACAUGUUCGAAAGGCUUUGUUAAUCGGAUCACUUUUGCAAAUGUUCCAACAAUUAUCAGGAAUUAAUACUGUUAUGUAUUAUACUGGAAAUAUUAUUCGAUCGGCUGGAGUGAAAGAUAAUCACACAACAAUUUGGAUAUCUGUUGGAACAUCGGCUAUCAAUUUCUUUGGAACAUUUAUUCCAAUCGCUUUGAUUGAAAAAGUUGGUCGUCGUGUUCUUCUUCUCAUUUCAAUGAUUGGUGUCAUCUUUUUCUUGGUUGCAAUGGGAGUUUCAUUCCUUCUUAUUAACAAUGUAACUAAAUUUCAUCAUUACUCCAACCUUAUUUCAUUGAUUUUCAGGACUCUGCAUUAACCUAUGAUCAAAACCUUUAUACAACCUCAAAUUCUUUCAAUUUGUCCGCACCAAAUGCAGAUCGUUGUCGAAAAUUCAGUAACUGUGAUUUCUGUGUGACCGAUGAGAGUUGCGGAUUUUGCGAAUCGAAGGGGAAUAAAAUCGGUAAGAAUUCAUUGAAACCAAAAAAUGUGUGUUCCACGUGACACAUUCGUUUGUUUCCUAUCAGUGAUUAGUGAAAAAAAUUGCAAAAGGUACAAAAUACAACUGUAAAUCAUAAAACAGUUUUUCUUAACUCUUUCCUAUUUUUUCACUGGAUAUCUCUGGAACUCUCCUAAAUGCACAAUUCCUUCUUAUUAUAUUAAACAUCAAUUUUCUAGGAUAUUGUCUACCGUUCCCCACCGAAGAUUCUGAAGAUGUUUCAAGUACUGGACUUUGCGCAACUGGUAUUUUGAAUAAAACUGCAUUUGAAUGGGAAGACUCGUACUGUCAUACCAAAUUCACAGUUCUCCCAAUUAUUAUCAUGGUUUUCUAUCUGUUAUCGUUCUCAGCCGGUGAGAUUAGAAACAUAUCUUGAUCUUCUAAUUUACGAAAACCAUUUAGGUUAUGCUCCACUUCCUUGGGUUUUGAAUGCUGAAUUCUAUCCAUUAUGGGCUAGAAGUACGUGUGUUUCAAUUUCAACCGCUUUCAAUUGGAUAUUCAAUUUGAUCGUCUCAUUAACAUUUUUAUCAUUGAGUCAAGCUGCAACAAAAUAUGGAACAUUCUUUAUUUAUGCUGGUUGUACAGUUGUUGCCUUGAUAUUUGUAUAUUUCUUUAUUCCCGAAACCAAAGGAUAUUCAAUUGAUGAAGUCGAAAUGUUAUUUAUGACAAAAGAAGAGCGGCAGAAGGCUCAAAAAGUUCUUGAAGAUGCCAAAAAUCAUGAAACCCCGGUUGAAUUUGAUAAAUUCUAA